AUGAAUGAUUUUCCUGUCACUUAUCUCAAUUUCAAUCAAGAUUCAUCAUGUGUGGCUUUGGGAUUGAAAACAGGUUACAAAAUAGUAAAUGUUGAACAAAAAUUUGGAAGAUGUUGUAGUUAUAAAGAUGAUAGUGUAAAUAUAAUAGAAAUGUUAUAUACAACAAGUUUAAUUGCAUUGACACCACUAGGGAAUGAAAUAGGAUCAUCACCUAGAGAAUUAAAGAUUAAAAAUACCAAAACUAAUAGUACCAUUUGUUCAUUAUUUUUCCCCACAUCAAUAUUAAAUAUUAAAUUAACUAAAGAUUUCUUAAUAGUUGUAUUGGAAAGUCAAAUAUAUGUUUAUGAAAUAAAAACUAUGAAAUUGUUACAAACAGUUAAAACUAACUCAAAUCCAAAUGGUUUAUGUGCCGUUUCAUACAACCAAGAUUAUUGCCUAUUAGCCUACCCAUCACCACCAACAGCUAAUGAUUCUUUAGUGAACAUUCAUAAUAACGUAACUAAAACAACAGGCACUAGCACUAGCAAUGCCAUUUUGAACAAAGGUGACUUAAUUGUUUUCAAUUUGAACAAAUUUACUCCCAUCAUGGCAAUCAGUGCACACAAGAAUGAUAUAGCAGCAAUGGCCUUUUCGAAUGAUGGGUCAUUGAUAAGUACAGCAUCUCACAAGGGAACAAUUGUUAGAGUUUUUGAUACAAAUACAGGAAUCAAAUUAUUUCAAUUCAGAAGAGGUUCAUAUCCAACAAAAAUUUAUUCGCUACAGUUUAGUGAUGACAAUACGUAUGUCUUGGCUACGAGUUCUAGUUUAACUGUACAUAUAUUCAGAUUAGGUGAAGAAGAAGCAUUAGUGAAUAAACAGAAAAAGAAAAUAAAGACAAUAGAAGAAGAACCUGAAGGAGAUGAUGAUUCUGAUGCUAUGGAUGAAGACGACGAAGAUGGUGAUGACGAUGAUGAUGAAGAAGAGGAAGUACCUACAAAACAAAGAAAAUUAUCUCAAGGUUCAUCUAACUCUUUCACAAGUAUAAAUUCUGAGGAUUUAAGUGCUCCGAUAAUUGAUCAAAAUAGAUUAUCUGUAGCAAGAAUGAUACGGAGAUCUUCACAAACUUUAGGAAGAAAGGCUGCACAAAAAAUGGGUGAUUAUUUACCAUCAAGAUUUUCAUCAAUUUUAGAACCUACAAGACAUUUUGCUUCAAUUAAAAUUGAUGCCAAAAAUAAAGAUGUAAAAUCUAUUGCAAUGAUAAAUAAAAAACAAAAUUUAAUUGAUAAAAAUAUUGAAAAUUACGAAAAUUUAUUGCAUGUAAAUGUUGUAACAUCAGAAGUUACCAUCAAGAAUGCUGGAAAGACGUAUUCAAUUGAAAUUAAUGAAAACAGCAAAGGCAUAGAUUUGAAACAAAAGAUUCAAGAACAAACUUCAAUUCCACCUGAAAGACAAAAGAUUUUGAUAAAAGGGGGUAAAUUAAAUGAUGAUACAUUAUUGAGCUCUUUAGAUUUUAGCAAACCAAUCAUGGUAUUGGGAUCACCAGAUAAACUAUCAAAACCAAUUGAAAAACCGACUUUCAUUGAAGAUUCUGGAGAUAUUACUAAAGUUGACAAUAAUCCUUCUGGGAUCCCAAAUUAUGGUAACACUUGUUACUUGAAUUCAAGUUUACAGGUAUUAUAUCAAAUUGAUGACUUGAAGAAAAUUAUAAAAAAUUUUAAAGGAUCAGACAACCUUACGAUAGCAUUAAAAAAUUUGUUUCAUCAAUUGGAGCAAAAAAAUAGUACAAUUAAUGUUCAAAUGUUUUUGACUAUAUUCAGAAGUAUCUAUCCACAAUUUGCCGAACAAAGAAAUGGAAUUUUCGCUCAACAAGAUGCUGAAGAAGCUUAUUCACAAAUUUUAACGACAUUAAAAUCGAAUUUAAAAAUUGAUGAUUUGUUUAGAAUUGAAUACGCGGUAGAGUCCAAAUCAUUGGGGAAUGAUGAUGUUUCAUAUUCUCAUGAAGAUGCAUUUAAAUUAAAUUGUCAUAUUGACAUAAAGACAAAUUUCUUAAGAGAUGGAAUUAUUAGUGGACUAACGGAGACAAUAACUAAGCAUAACGACGCAUUAAAUACAGAUACUGAAUAUCAAAUUACUAAAAAAAUAACCAGAUUACCAAAAUAUUUAACUAUUCAUUUCAUUAGAUUUUUUUGGAGAAGGGAUAUAAAUAAGAAAUCUAAAAUUUUAAGAAAAGUUCAAUUCCCAUUUGAAUUAGAUUUAUCUGAUAUGUUGGAUGAUUCAAUAAAAGAAGAAAAAAAUAAAGUACGUGAUUUAAUUAGAAAAGUAGAAAAAGAUAAUUUAGAUUUAAAAAGAGAUUUCAAAAAGGCUAAAAAGGAUUCAAAUGAAGAUGAAGAAUUAAAAUUAUUAUCUAUAAAAAGUAAAUUUCAAGAUGAUUUAAAAUCUACAAUUCCAAAUGUUAAUUUUGAAACAACUACUGAAAAUCCUUCACUGGUUUAUGAAUUAACUGCUGUUAUUACUCAUAUGGGUGCAAAUGCUGAUGGUGGACACUAUAAAGCAUACGUUAAAGAUCCAAAUGAUUUAGAUGGAGAAAGUUGGUGGUUAUUUAAUGAUGAUAAAGUAAGUUCAGUAUCAAGAGAAAAAAUUGGAACAUUAGCAGGUGGUGGUGAAAGUGAUUCAGCAUUAUUAUUAAUUUAUAAAGGUUUAGGAUUAUAA